AUGGCCGCCCCACCAGUCCCGGUGAGCGCCAACCAGGGCGACGCCGGCGCCCGGCGCGGUCCGCCGGAGCCGUCCCUCCCAUACAGGGCAAGUCACAGAAUCGAUUACACAUCACGCGCCUUGGUCAUGACCCCCCUGAUAUUCAUCUCCUUCCUGCUCUCCCUGGCCCUGGUCGACCUGCGCAACUCGGUCGCCCGCGCCCGCUACCACGCCUAUCAUCAUCCCGCCCAGCGCAGUCUCCCCGGCUGGCUGCACCGCCUUGUCUAUCGGUACCGCCCUUACCGGUAUUCUGUUGUGCAAGGUAAAGGCCAGGGCCAGGAUGUUGGGGGAGGGGAAGGGUCGUCGCCGUUUCAGUCGCCCUCUCCAGGGCUGGCGGGGAAGGGGGAGGAUGGGGAGGAUUAUUAUCAUAGUAAGCAGAGGAAGUUGAUGAAAAUGGAGGUGGCCGAGGCGUUUGAGAUUCGGGUUUGGGUUCUGGGGGUUCUGGGGCUGGUUGGGUUGGGAGGGGUUUGGAUAGUUUGGAGAGUAGGGGUAUGGGUAGUUGGGGUUGUCGUGAGCUUGCUGGGUUGGAGUCCUUGACGCUAGGGGCCGACUUGUGAGGUACCAUGAUUCGAUAAUUUGCUUGGAUGAUGGGAAAAGUGAAAGCGACUAAUACCGCACGGUUUUCGGCACAGGCGAUGACGUUGGCGCAUCUGUGAUAUAUGUCAGCAGGAUCUCCAUGCAUAUUUCACGAGUAGCGUAAGAACGAGCCCUUAAAUAGGCUACGCAAAACAAAUAAUGCU